CGAUCAUGAAUGAUUAGCAGAUAAGCACACACAAAGAUCCAGAUUAUACAUACCAUAAAUCCACGAAUGCAACCAGAAAUGCACGCCAAGAGAAAUUCCUGGUCCGAGACAUUUCCAUUGCUCGGUCAGCAGAAUCGGCUUCAAUCGCUUCCUACUCGACUCCCUUCCUCUGUUGUCGGAAUGACUUCUGCAACCGACGCCGUCAUUCCCCCUCGACCGGUCUUCCUCGGCGUCAACGCUGGCACCGCCACCGCUCACGCAGGUAUUUUUGAUGAGAGUGGGAAACUUUUGGGUUCUUCUAGUAGUCCAAUUCAGAUUUGGAGAGAUGGAAAUUGUAUUGAGCAAUCCUCGACAGAUAUCUGGCAUGCAGUCUGUGCUGCAGUAAGAUUAGCAUGCUCCAAGGCGAACGUCUCAGGGGAGGAAGUGAAGGGUCUUGGAUUUGCUGCUACCUGCUCUCUUGUUGCGGUCGAUGCUGAUGGUUCACCAGUUACAGUAUCUUGGAGUGGUGAUUCAAGAAGAAAUGUAAUAGUGUGGAUGGAUCAUAGAGCUGUAGAGCAGGCUGAAAGGAUCAACUCUUCCAAUUCACCAGUAUUACAAUACUGUGGUGGAUCUCUUUCCCCUGAGAUGCAGCCCCCCAAGCUUCUCUGGGUGAAAGAAAAUUUACCAGACACAUGGUCAAUGGUGUUCAGGUGGAUGGACUUGAGUGAUUGGUUGUCAUAUAGGGCAACAGAUGAGGAUACACGCAGUCUUUGCACCAUUGUGUGCAAAUGGAACUACCUUGGCCAUGCACACAUGUCACAGUACAACGAAAAGGAUUCCCGAAACAUGGAAGCUUGUGGAUGGGAUGAUGAUUUCUGGGAGGAAAUUGGAUUAAGAGAUCUUGUUGAUGGUCACCAUGCCAAAAUAGGAAGAAGUGUAGCAUUCCCCGGUCAUCCCUUGGGUUCUGGUCUGACUCCAGAAGCUGCAAAGGAAAUGGGUUUGGUUGCUGGAAUCCCUGUUGGUAUUUCAUUGAUUGAUGCUCAUGCAGGUGGAGUUGGGGUGAUGGAAAGUAUACCUGUGCAAGGUUCUAAUUCUAAAGAAUUCGAUAAGGAGACGAUAUUGCAUCGUAUGGCGCUGGUUUGUGGAACAUCUACCUGCCAUAUGGCUGUCUCAAGGGAUAAACUCUUUAUUCCUGGUGUUUGGGGACCGUUUUGGUCAGCGAUGGUACCUGAGUAUUGGCUCACUGAAGGUGGUCAGAGUGCUACCGGUGCUCUACUUGAUCACUUAAUUCAAAAUCAUGUCGCCUCUCCUCAUCUUUCAAACUGUGCUGCUUCGCAAAAUGUCCCUGUGUUUGAUAUUUUGAACAAGUUGUUGGAGAGUUUGAUGGUUGAUCUAAAGAGUCCAUUUCUUGCUGCUUUGACUGAAGAUAUACACAUACUUCCUGAUUUUCAUGGAAAUAGGUCUCCCAUUUCGGAUCCGAAAGCCAAAGGAGUGAUCCAUGGUUUAACACUUGACACAAGUGAGCAAGAGCUGGCUAUCUUGUACCUUGCCACAGUUCAGGCUAUUGCAUAUGGCACUCGCCAUAUUGUGGAGCACUGCAAUUCCCAUGGUCACAAGAUUAGCACUUUACUUGCAUCUGGUGGCCUUUCAAAGAAUUCAUUGUUCAUUCAAGAGCAUGCUGAUAUUACUGGUUGUCCUAUUAUUUUACCUCGGGAACGCGAGUCCGUGCUCUUAGGUGCAGCCAUUCUUGGAGCUGUGGCUGCUAGAAAAUAUUCUACUUUGCAAGAGGCCAUGAAAGCUCUGAAUGCUGCUGGUCAGGUGAUUUAUCCGUCUACAAACCCGAAGGUGAAGGUAUACCAUGAUGCCAAAUACCGAAUUUUCCGAGAGCUUUACGAGCAACAGUUGUCUCAUCGCUCGAUAAUGGCACAAGCUCUGUCUUAGCUGGUGUCGAUCGGUAUCGUAUUGCAAACGUUUCCUUCUUGUUAUUAUUCCAUUCGUUUCUUCUUACGUAUUUCUUUCUGUCUUCUGUCAAGCUCUCGCUUGCUUUGCUUCAUCAUCUCCUGGCCUUGCCUUUCUGGAGAUGGCUGGACAGAAUGAGAAGUGAAAUAAGGAAACAUUUUCACAGUUCUGAUAUUGUCACUGUCUAUAUAGAUUAAAAAGUCAAUAAUUUUUUAUAUUAGAACUUUUUGGUUAUUAAUAAAGCUCUUAAUUAUAAUA